UCUCGAGCUCAGUGCGAAUUGUGUUCUCGAAGCGUGUGGUUCAACCGUAGUAGUUUGUAGUUUUUCUCGUUUCUAGCUGCUCGCCCCGAAAUUUAUUUACACAUUCCGACUUUCGAAUCAGUUGGCUCUGGAAUUGGAACCGACUGAUUGAAGUGACAGCACUCGAUUGUCUUUGGCCCUUGUCGGUUUGCCAGUGCCGAGUAGUUUGUUUAGCCUUGAUUCGAAGGAGCUCUUCGCCAGGAUGGCUGUCCAGCCGCAGGAGAUUUCGCAUGCCAAGCGCGCCGCCUUUCAGGUUCUGGCCGGCGGUUCCGCUGGCUUCCUGGAGGUCUGCAUCAUGCAGCCACUCGAUGUGGUCAAGACCCGCAUCCAGAUCCAGGCCACUCCGGCGCCAAAUGCCGCUGCUCUGGGCGAGCUGCACUACAAUGGUGUCUUCGACUGCUUCGCCAAGAUGUACCGCCACGAGGGCAUCAGCUCGUACUGGAAGGGCAUUAUGCCGCCCAUUCUGGCCGAGACCCCCAAGCGAGCCAUAAAGUUCCUGGUGUUCGAGCAAACGAAGCCCCUCUUCCAGUUCGGCUCGCCCACGCCCACCCCGCUGACCUUCUCGCUGGCCGGUCUGACGGCCGGCACUCUGGAGGCCAUCGCCGUCAAUCCCUUCGAGGUGGUCAAGGUGGCCCAGCAGGCGGACCGGCAGAAGAAGAUGCUCAGCACGUUCGCGGUGGCCAAGGGCAUCAUCAAGCAGGACGGACUGGGCUUUCGGGGACUGAACAAGGGCAUUACCGCCACGAUGGGGCGCAAUGGUGUCUUCAACAUGGUGUACUUCGGGUUCUAUCACAGCGUGAAGAACGUGGUGCCCGAGUACAAGGAGAACCAUCUGGAGUUCCUGCGCAAGGUGACCAUCGGUUUCCUGGCCGGCACUCUGGCCUGCUUCGUCAACAUACCGUUCGAUGUGGCCAAGUCGAGGAUUCAGGGCCCACAGCCGGUGGCCGGGCAGAUCAAGUACCGCGGAACGCUCAGCUCCAUGGGCAUCGUUUAUCGCGAGGAGGGAUUCCGGGCCCUGUACAAGGGACUCGUCCCGAAGAUCAUGCGCUUGGGCCCCGGAGGCGCCAUCCUGCUGCUGGUCUUCGAGUACUCCUACGACUACCUGCUGCACAACUACUCCUAGUUGCCAUGUCCUAAUGCCCAAUUAGAUAUUAAGAGGGCUCCCGCCUGUUCUGUUUUUUUUUCUGUUUAAAAUAUAAUUCAUAGGUAGCCGAGUAGUCGAACGGGAGUGGCAUUUUAACGCUAGACUUCCGAUUGUGAUUCGUAAAUAAAUGUUAAAACCUCAAA